UAUCAGUGGUCAGUAUCGGUGGAUUUUUUAAAUUCGAUUACUCUACAUUUUAAAGUCGUAAAAAUGAGUGAAAUGGGAGUUAAUAACUUAUUUGAAUCGCAAACAAUAAUUGCCGAUCACAAAGAUUUAAUUCAUGAUGUUGCGUAUGACUUUUACGGAGAAAGAAUGGCGACUUGCUCUAGCGACCAAUAUGUAAAGGUCUGGGAUUCUGAUGGCGAAGGUGGUUGGAAGCUCACGGCAAGCUGGAAAGCGCACCACGGUUCGGUGUGGAAGGUCACUUGGGCGCACCCUGAGUUCGGGCAAGUGCUGGCCACAUGCUCCUUUGAUAGAACAGCCGCAAUUUGGGAAGAAGUUGGUGACACAACAUCAAGUGGUGCAGAAAAAGGCCUCCGAACCUGGGUAAAACGAUCAAACCUGGUUGACUCGAGGACAUCGGUGACGGACGUUAAGUUUGGACCAAAGCACUUAGGGCUUCAACUAGUCACUUGCUCAGCGGAUGGUAUUAUUAGAAUAUAUGAAGCUCCCGAUGUAAUGAAUUUAGCACAGUGGACCCUACAGCAUGAAAUACCCACUAAAGUGUCCAUCAGCUGUCUCUCCUGGAAUCCAUCACUAUCAAGAGUGAAUUCCAAUCCACCUAUGAUAGCCGUGGGUAGCGACGAGCCAAAUGUCGCCAACGCGAACUCACAAAGCGACAAAACUUGCAAUGGAAAAGUUUUUAUAUAUGAGUACAGUGAAGCCUCCCGCCGCUGGACGCGCACGGAAUGUCUCUCGUCUGUUGUAGAGCCUGUCAACGAUUUGGCCUUCGCACCAAACCUCGGACGUUCCUUCCAUUUACUGGCCGUUGCUACUAAGGACGUACGGAUUAUUAAAAUUGAACCUCUACCUGAGUCAUCGAGCAACAGCAACGGGUGCGGGGUUCGAUUCCGCAGCGAAGUACUCGCCGCGUUCGAGGACCACAACUCGUGCGUGUGGCGCGUGUCGUGGAACGUCACCGGCACACUCUUGGCCUCUUCCGGGGAUGAUUGUUGCGUGCGACUUUGGAAAAUGCAAUAUCUGAACCAGUGGCGCUGUGUGGCCGUGUUCAAGAGCGAGGCUGGUGGUGGGGAGUCCCCAGCUCGGCCCCGACCGCGCACUACAUACACGCGCCUUGCUGCCAUCACCAAUCCCACGCACAUGCCUCACCAUUGAUCACCACUACUUACUGAUAGCAGAGCAAGGGAAGUCACACACAUUCGAAGCUAUAAACAAUAAGUCUUGCUAAAUGAGCGGUCCCAUGAAGUUAUAUCAACAUAAAACUGCUCAGUGUAUAACAUGAAAAGGGUAACACCAUUAAUUGUUAACUUUUUUAUUAUUAAAUAAAUUAAUUGUAAAUAAA